UGCCCUAGAAGCAUUAUUUUUAUUACUCGCUCGAUGGAUAGAUAGCCUCUCUGUCGCUGUUCUUCCUCGCCUUCUCUUUUGGUUCUUUGCUGCUCCUCUCUCUCUCUCUCCAAUCUCAAGAUUCUCUGGAAUGCCGCGCGAUCGCUCAUGAGCGAUGGUGGCCGAAUUGCUGCUGGCGCGGCAGCGAUGGCCGUGGUGGCUGCCGCUGGCGGUGGCGCUGCUGGCGUUGGGAUUCACAUUGGGGCAGGGGCAGCAGGUUGGAGUGAACUGGGGCACGCAGCUCUCGCAUCCUCUCCCCGGCGAUACCGUCGUGCAGAUGCUCCGGAGCAACAAUGUCACGCGCGUCAAGCUCUUUGAUGCGGAUCCCAACGCAUUGCGCGCCCUCACCAAGGAUUCCAGCUUCGAGGUCAUGGUGGGAAUUCCCAACGAGAUGCUCCAGCGCCUGGCGCAGAGCUCCCAGGCCGCGGAUCUGUGGGUGUCGCAGAACGUGUCGCGCUACGUAUCGGGGCGACGGCGAGCAAACAUCAGAUACGUGGCAGUGGGCAACGAGCCCUUCCUCACCGCCUACAAUCGAAGCUUCGAGGGCGUGACGCUCCCGGCGCUUCAAAACAUCCAGGGCGCGCUGGCGCGAGCGGGGCUCGACUCCCAGAUCAAGGCCACGGUCCCACUCAACGCCGACGUGCUGGCCAACUCGCGGCCCCCAUUCCCCUCGGGCGGGAUCUUCCGGCCCGAGAGCCAGGCCCUGGUGGUGAGCAUCGUCCAGUUUCUGAGCCAGACGGGCGCGCCCUUCGUCAUCAACAUCUACCCCUUCAUCAGCCUCCACGGGGACCCAAACUUCCCGAUCAACUUCGCCUUCUUCGAGGGCGCCGCCAACUCGAUCGUGGACGGCUCCAACACCUACACGAACGUCUUCGAUGCGAGCUAUGACCUCCUCGUCGCCGCGCUCAACGCCGCGGGCUACGCCAACAUGGCCAUCAUCGUUGGCGAGGUCGGGUGGCCGACCGACGGCGACCCCAACGCCAACGUCGAGAACGCGCGGCGGUUCAACCAGGGGCUGCUCCAGCACGUCCUCUCCAACCGCGGCACGCCGCUGCGCCCCGGAUCGCCCAUCCACUUCUACCUCUUCGGCCUCAUCGACGAGGACCAGAAGAGCAUCGCGCCGGGCAACUUCGAGCGGCACUGGGGGGUGUUCACGUACGAUGGGCAGGCAAAGUAUUUCCUGGAUAUGAGCGGGCGGGGGGUCGCCAACGCGAGGCUGGUGAACGCGCAGGGGGUGCAGUACUUGCCGCGGCGGUGGUGCGUUCUUCGGCCCGGGGUGGCGGUGUCCGCCAACAGCAUCUCGUUUGCGUGCGCGAACGCCGACUGCACGGCCCUCUCGUAUGGUGGCUCGUGCAACUUCCUCACCGCGCAGGAGAACGCCUCGUACGCGUACAACAACUACUACCAGAAGACCAACCAGCUGCCGACGAGCUGCGAUUUCCAGGGGCAGGCCGUGGUCACCACCACUGACCCCAGCAUUCAACCGUGUAGAUUCAUUAGGCAGAUUAUUCCGCCCGACGACUCGGCCGCCACCAUCGCCACCACCGCGAGAAUCUCUUUGCUGCCGCUACUACUGCUACUGCUGCUCGCGAUCUUGGCUGUCUAGAAAGCGAUGUCUAGGAGAGAGGUGUUAACUUAUCUGUCUCUUUGUCUCUCUCUCUCUCUCUCUCUCUCUCUCUCUCUCUCUCUCUCUCCUAUCUUUCGUGCCUGGCUGGAUCGAUACAACGAAUUAGGUACACGAGAACGCGAGGACGAGAGAACGAUAGAGAAAAAAAGAAGCGUUUGGUUUGGUUUUCUAUAUGUAACAACUUAAAAAAACUUAGCUCGCUUCA